CCAUGUGACUUGAAUAGACAUUCGCGGACUUGACCUUUCACCCCGGCAACGUGUUGCAUUGUGGGCCGCAAAAUCCAUGACGUAUACUGUCUGCGUAACAGUUUUGCCCUUUUAUGGAAAGCGGGAUUUCCCUUUUAGUUGGAUGUGCCCUAGUUUCUAGCAGGUUCGGAGCGCAAAACAAAUCAAUAUUCAUAUCGUGACGUGGCAGUAAAAUCGGAAAUGACCUAGCAUUCUUAGUGUACAGGGAACUAAGUUUUAUUAAAAAAUGUCAAAAAGUAAAUUGUCAACCACCAAGUCCAGUGUAGAUAUAACUACCCAAUCCACAUCUUGCUCGCCCAGUGCAGAGGAUGACAGCUUCAGUGACACUGACAUCACUGUCAGAAAUGAAGCUAGAGAAGACAUUUUCUCAGAAGAGUUUGAGCAACAGAUAUACUUAAGCAUUGUUUGGAAUGCUGGAAAACUAGGUGUGGCCUAUUAUGAUGUAGACACUACACAGAUCUAUCUCAUGUUGGACUGCAGAGAAACUGAUGACUUUCAGAUCCUAAAUAAAGUUCUUUCACAAGUGUUACCAACUUGUAUUAUCACUAGCUCCAAACAAGAUGACAGACUGUUGAAAGUUUUGCAGGAAAAAUAUCAAGGCGAAGAUAAUGAUGAGAAAGAUAGUAAUGUCUUACAGUUCCUUCCAAGUGCUGACUUUACUCUUGAAGUGUGCAAGAGACGUCUGCUUACAGUAAACCUCCCAGGAAUACCAGACCAUUUUGAUGAGUCUCAGAAGACACUAUAUCUCUCCUCUCUCGUGCCAAUGGACUGCACUAAUAUGGUUCGUGCCACAGGAGCACUGCUGAAGUAUCUAGAGAAGUGCCGUGUAGGUGUAGAGCUGGAGGGAGCUGAUGUCAGAGUGCCAGUGCUGGCUUUGAAAACGUUUUCUCUAGAUGACAUGAUGAUUAUUGAUGACAAUACAUACUGUGCACUGCAGAUUUUCCAAAAGGAACUCCAUCCUUCUGUGUAUAAAUCUGGCAGUUGGAACAGUGCCAAGGAGGGCCUAAGUCUGUUUGGAAUCGUAAACAAAUGUAAAUCAAGAAUUGGUUCCAUGAUGCUAAGGCUUUGGUUUCUGAGGCCUCUUAAAGAUAUUAACACUCUAAGGCAGAGACAAGAUGCUGUUGCCUUUUUCUUCAAUCCCAGAAACAUUGAGAUAAAUAACUCACUGCAAGAUUGCCUAAAACACAUCAAUAAUACUCCUAAAAUUCUCAAUCGAAUGAAACAAGCUCAAGCUUCAAUAGGGGAUUGGCAAGCAUUGUACAAAACAAUUUACAAUGCGAUUCACAUAGGUGAUAUCUGCCGUGCACAGGCUGACAAAAUUGACAUCUUUGAGAAGAUAAGUACAGCAUUCACAGAAGACUUGCACAGGAUAGCAAUUUUGAUCAGUAAAAUAGUUGAUUUUGAUGAAUCAUUCGCCCAGAAUAGGUUUGUGGUCAAGCCAAAUGUGGAUCCAACACUGGAUGAAAAAAAGAAAACCUAUAAUGGUCUGCCUGAUUUCAUGACGACAGUUGCUCAAGAGGAGCUGAGUAAACUGAGUGAGGACAUUUUGGAAUGUAAUGUCAUUUAUCUGCCACAGCUUGGUUAUCUACUUGCCAUCCCAAAGAGUAAGUUUUUAGAGGAGAAAGAAUACCAAGUACCAGGACUGGAUUUCAUGUUUUUCUCAAAUGAUACAAGCUAUUUCAAGAGUGCUAGAACAAGAGAACUGGACCAUCUACUUGGUGACACGCAGUGUGAUAUUACUGAUCAUGAAACUAGCAUCAUGCACAGACUACAGAACACCAUCCUAGAGCACUGCAAGGUGCUGCUGGAUAUCAUGGACUUGACUGCUCAUCUAGACUGUUUGCUAGCACUAGCUACAUGUGCCAGAGAAUAUAAUUAUGUCCGUCCUGAGCUGACCACUGAAAAUAUCAUUGUGAUUCAAAGUGGCAGGCAUCCUCUUCAAGAACUGUGUUGCAGCCCUUUUGUUCCCAAUGCCACAAUGAGUGGAGGAGACCAUGGCAAGAUGAAGGUUCUCACAGGGCCCAAUGCCAGUGGAAAGAGCGUCUAUCUGAAACAGGUAGCCCUCAUAACAUUUCUUGCCCAUAUUGGUAGCUAUGUUCCUGCUGAAUCUGCAAGAAUUGGUCUUCUGGACCGUAUUUUCUCUCGUAUCAAAACAAUGGAGAGUGUCUCUGUGGGUCUUUCUACAUUCAUGAUUGAUUUGAACCAGGUAUCAGCAGCAAUAAACAAUGCCACACAAAAUUCUCUGAUCAUUUUGGAUGAAUUUGGAAAAGGCACAGAGACGACUGAUGGUUUGGCUCUAUUAUGCAGUUGUUUAAAGCACUGGUUAGCACUUGGUUCCUCCUGUCCUCAUGUACUGGUCUCAACACAUUUUCAUGGACUUAUUCAGCACAGACUACUGCCAAACUCUCAACAACUUAAAUUUCAGACAAUGGACAUUGUGCAGAAUGAAACAGAGCUGGUUUUCCUGUAUCAGCUGAUAGAUGGCAGCACCAACUGUAGUCAGGCAUGCCAUAUUGCUGCUCAGGCAGGAUUACCAAAGGAAAUAGUCAGCAGAGGACUGGAGGUGUCAGAGUUAUUGCGGAAAGGAGAACCUGUCCAUAGACAAAACACCUCCAUCACCCUGGCACUCUAUAGGAGAUGUGAGAAUGUUGUAAACAAGUUCUUACAACUGGAUUUGGAGAAAGAAAACCUAAAAGCUUUUCUGCAAGAGUUUGUCAUUCCUGCCAGCAUAGACCUUAACUAGAAGCAUUUUGUGCUGUCAAAGUGAAAAGAAAGAUAUGAAAAUAUUUCUGAAAAUAUAAACUUUUCAUUUUGCCCUUUGUAAUAUUUAAUUAUAUGUUCUACACAUAGUUAAAUACACAUACACAUAUGUAUCUUUCAGUAAAGAAAAACUUUAUGUGUAAUGGACAAGAUGGUCUGCCCAGUAAAUUUAAAUUUGAUUCCAUUGUUUUUAUUCCAAUUUAUCUGUUUAUAAUUUUGUUAAGUUUUGAUAUUUUUUUUUAAUAUUCUGCCAGGUUGAUAUCUACUUGUUUUGGAUCCAUCUUUAUAUAUGAUUUUCAAAUGUGUAACUUGAUAUUUGUCUUUUUUAAGGUUUUAUCUUUUCAUAAUUUUAAUAAGUUUGACAUUUUAAGUCAUGGCCAUGUUUAUAUAUAUUCAUUGGUCCAUUAAUUUUUUACAAAGUUUACAUUUUUUUCUUUCAAC